AAAAAUCAUUCGACAUUUCAAGUUAAUCAAAAAAAUUAGCAAAGUCACUAAAGUUUAUCCAAUUUGUACUCAAACAUCGCAAAUUCAUCAACAUCCAAUAAUUUCAAGAAAUGUCUCUCGAAGUCAACGCUCGAUUAAGUCAAAUUGCUAGACAUGAAGGCGUUCAAGGGGUUUUGGUGAUUUCUCAUGAAGGAAUUGUCAUUAAGUCAUACAAUAUUAUGGAUGAAGAAACCAUCAAUCACUAUGCAUACAUAUCACUUCAAUUAGCAAAAAAAGCAAAAGAAAUCAUAAAUGACUUGGCAGAAGCUGAUUUGGAAGUUUUGAGGAUGAAAUCUGGGGAAAUGGAAUAUGUGCUUUCUUUUGAGCAUGAUUAUGUUCUUCUUGCUGUUUAUAAGCAGACGAAAUUGUAAAAACAUACUGUUCUGUUUACUGCUGAUGGACUUAAAAUUUGACAAUAAAAUAAUAAGAUGCUAAAAUUUUGAAUCCAUCUGCCAAAGC